AUGGGAGUCCUGCCGAUGACUUCCUCUUCUGGCAAAGCAUUCGUGUACCGGCGUCCUUUUCUCUUGCGCAAUGGUCUCCUGCUAAUGAGUUUGUCCUUGAUUGUUUCGCAAAGUAGAUCAGAAGCGUCUAGGGCUUACCCAUUAGGAUGUUCUGGAGAAAACCCGUCCUUCUAUGAGUAUGACAAAUACCCUUUCCCGCCUCCAGGAGUCCCAACGAAGACAACGGACGACUACUUCAUUGUGGAAAGGCUCGGGACUGGAAAGUUCAGCGACGUGUUCAGUGCCAUGGAAGCAGAGGUAUCAAAUCACGGCCAUAGAGCACCCGAGAUUGAACCCAAGUCAUUGGUCGUCAUCAAGUGUUUGAAACCAGUGACAGAUCGCAAAAUUCGUCGUGAAUUACUCAUUCUCUCACACGCUUCCAAGAUGCCUAACCAUGCCCGACUGCUGGCCGUAGUGAUCCACCCAAAGUUCUAUGAAUCGCAGAAGGAUCCAGGGAUGCUACAUCGCAUGCCAUCAUUGGUGUUGAAGCACGCUGGUCCAGACUCUCAGUUUUUCUGUCACAGAGCAAACAACAACCAUGCAGUGAAACCUGACAAGGAAGCCGAAUUUCUCAGUGUCUAUGAAAUCAAAUACUUUCUUUUUCAUUUGCUUGUAGCCCUUGAUUCGCUUCACUCCAAAGGCAUAAUACAUCGUGAUGUCAAGCCACGUAAUGUGUUGAUCACCAGAGGAGAUGGCAUACAUGUGGGUUCCAAGGAUGGACCAGGACCUUUGAUGCUGUUGGACUUAGGUCUGGCGGAUUUUUACUUGCCCAACACGAAAUACAAUGUCCGAGUGGCGUCUCGUCAUUACAAGAGCCCUGAACUACUGAUAGGCUUCCAAUACUAUGACUAUGGUGUAGAUUUGUGGCCCGUUGGGUGCAUGCUUGCAGGUCUACUCUUUCGACGAGAGCCGUUCUUCCGGGGAAAGGACAACGUUGAUCAACUUGCAAAGAUUGUAUCUGUCCUUGGGACACCUGACUUGAUAGCCUACAUUUCCACAAUCAACGUUGAUUUGUCACCUGAUGUCCGCAAAACUAUAACAGAGUGUGCAGCACGCGAAGGGAAUAAAGUAGGGAGAAGAAGAGUCCCUUGGUUAUCGUUUCGAGCUGCCGGCACCCCCAUGCCCAGCGAAGAGAGCCUUGAUCUUCUGGACAAACUCCUGGUUUACGAUCACAACACUCGCCUUACCGCACAAGAGGCCAUGGCACAUCCUUUCUUUGAUGAUGUUCGCGACCGAGUAACCAAUGAGGUGCGAAGGAUGGUUGCUGCUGAUUCACGGUGA